CCAAAACAGAGAUUUCAGAUUAGUAUAAAAACAAAAAUAGAAAAACAAAAGAAAUAUUUGACAAUUGAAUGGCAAAUGACUGUCACUCAGCUGACGCCUACGGCGACGGCGGCGUCGCCACCGCCGGAGAAAGCUUCGCGGCGGUUCCCGGAGACAGCGUCGGCCGAGAGAGCAAGCAACCGAUCGACCGAGUCAAAGGACCGUGGUCGCGGGACGAGGACGAAAUGCUGAGCCGACUCGUGAGUAGCUUCGGUGCCCGCAAUUGGAGCCUCAUAGCGCGAGGAAUCCCCGGACGAUCUGGAAAAUCGUGCCGCCUCCGGUGGUGUAAUCAGCUUGAUCCCGCCGUUGAGCGGAAACCCUUUACUGAUGAAGAAGAACGCAUCAUACUUCAAGCUCACACUAUCCACGGUAAUAAGUGGGCUUCGAUAGCAAAGCUAUUGCCUGGGAGAACAGACAAUGCCAUAAAAAACCAUUGGAACUCUUCAUUGAGACGUAGGGGAAUGAACCCUAGGAAGUCCAAGUCAAAAAUCAAUAAUCUUUCGGGCGAGAAAAGUGUCGAAAAAUCAAAAGCAUCGUCGGAAGAAACACCGUCUUGUGGGGAUGCAAACUCUUUCAAGUCCAGUGAAGUAAAGGACAUCACCUCUUUCGAACGAGCAGAUGGUAAUAAAAAUCAUCAAGCAAAAUCCACACUUUUACGUCCGGUUGCUCGGGUCAGUGCCUUUACCAUUUAUAAUCAAAUGGAUACAGAUUUAGCAGAAAAUAAUAUAAACCCAUCUCCUAAAACGGUUCCUUUAGAAGCCCCAUUUGUCCAAAACUCGAGCCCGGAUAUGGGAAUUCGUAAAUUGCUCGAAGGAAGCUACAAUAAUGACCUAAUUGUCCCUUACCGAUGUGGCCAUGGCUGCUGUGAAAAUUUCACGGAGGCCAAUUCAUUGCUCGGGCGUGAAUUUGUCGACUACACAGAACCUCCGUUUUUCACGAGCCAUGAGCUGGCUGCAUUAGCAGCUGACAUAAGCAAUGUUGCCUGGUCUAAAAGCGGAUUAGGAAGCAGCAGCAGCAUUAAAGCAAUGAACAAUGAGGUUUGUGGGUUUUCGUGUGAUGAUGGAAAUCAGCAAACGAGACACUUGGAGGACAGUGGAGAGAAUGAUCACUCAUCCAGCUUUGAAAUCGGGAAAAGUGAGUUAACGAGCAACUAACUAGCGUGGAAAUUGGAAUAAAGUAGAUUGGCAACAUACAUUUCCGUUUACAACACUCUCAAGCGGUGAUCCAAAAAGGUGCGCAUGAAAUCGAAAGGAAAUUUGAUAAAUUUGAUGAAUUUGAUAAACUUUUCCGGUUCACUUGAAUCGUUUAUAACGAAGUUCAGUGAUUGGCGUUUAUUAUGGUGCUUGCUUUGCUUGUGUGACAAAGUUGCUUGUGAUGAUAAGCCGUUUUUAAUGGUCUGCUCGGAAAUAUUUGGUAGUGAUUUCUUGUACCGGUGGUAGAACGUAAAAAUGGUAGUGGAGUCAAUUGAGUUGAAGAUUUGAUUCUGUUACUAUGCUUCUCUUUUCCGUCGUUUUAUUCGAUAGGGUUGUUGUCAUGUAACAUUAACUGAUUGAAUUCUAUUGUUUCUUCCUUCUUUUAUCACUAGCUAAUCUUAUAUGUGUACAAUAAUGCUGCAUAUUAUGAAAGUGUUC